AUGGAGUGGAUGCCAAUGAACACUGUGAACAUGGUAUCGUUGAAACGCAGAGUGCAAAUAUGGUUAUCAUUGAAAGUUCUUGGCCAUGGAGUUACUGAGUUUUAUUGUUUACUGUUGGUUGUGUCAUUGUUGCCUGUCUUCUCCAGAGUUGUUGUGAUUGAAGUUGGUUGCUAUGAAAACGAGCGACUGGCAAAGAUGUCUAUUGAAUCCCUUAAUAAAUUGGCUGAUAAGCUUGAACAUCGCACCAGUUACCAAAGCUUGAAAGAGGAACUGAAGAGAGCAAGUGAUGACCUUGUCAGGAAAGAAAAUGUAAGCCAUUUUAUAUCAAAUGCACCAAGGAGUGUCUUAUGGUGUCCGUUUAACAAUAAUAAUUCAAAUUUGCAAAAACAGGAAUGUAGAAACGCUAUUGAAUCACUUGAACAAGAUCACGCUAUGAGGAUUAAUGAGUUGGAGACUCAGGUCAGUGAUUUAUCAAGUCAAAAGGCAGCAAAUGAAGCAACCAUAAAUGAGCUCCAUCAAGAUUUGGCUACGCAUAGGAACCAUAUAGAGGCUUUAAAGAGCAGGUUGGAACGAAUUCAUUCUGAUGUGGAAUCCAGAUAUCAUUAUGAGAUUCAGGAUUUGAAGGACUGUCUCCUAAUUGAACAAGAAGAGAAAAAUGAGCUAAGCAAGAAGCUUCAGGAUUUGGAAAAGGAAUUGCUUAUUAGCAGAACAAAGCUGGCUGAGCACCAAAGAGAUUUGACAUCAAAUCGACAUGUUGAAACACUCAAGCAGAAGAUUAUGAAACUUCGGAAGGAGAAUGAAGUCCUUAAAGGACAACAACUCGGUUCUAAAAAGGGUUAA